GGUUACACAAAUGGCUGUAAAUAAUGUGUCGAAAUAAAACAACGAUCUCUUUAUUUAUAGAUCUUUGUAUACAAUUAAGAACAAUUUUUGGAACUUCAUAAGUACACGUUACAUUUUAAUUUACAUAUCAUUUAAAAAGUAAAAUAAGUUAAGCUGCAGUGAUAAGGUCCUGAUUGAGAAUGCCCAAUAGAUCUCCACUAGGAAGUGAAAACAUAUCAGAGAUACAUAAUUUAUAUUUAUUGUACUUGACAAAAACAAGUACAAUAUUGGAUUUCAUUAUUAUUAUUUUUGAUAAGAGUGUAGCCUGUUCUGGAACCAUUGGCAUUCCCUUCCAUUGCCACCCUAUGCUCAGCAAAUCAGAGCAGUGAAGCUGUGGUAGGGAAGUUUUCCUGGUAGCAAAGUGGAGGAUCAUCGGAUUAUAUCAGGGUGUAUUGUGAGUUUUGUGGGGCAAGAACUGUACCUUGCACAGAUAAAUUAGCUUUAAAUCAGUGUUGCACGAAUAAGAUGUAACAGAAAUUUUCCUAUAAUGUUAAUGUUAAGGUACAUUUAACAGAUUGUGUUUACAUCAGAAUUUUAUCUGUUCAUAAGAUUUAAACAUGUACAUGUAUACAUUUUUUGAAAAUGAAUGCCUGAGGAAGAAAAUCUAAUAUUUGUCUUUCUGCUGGAUUGUAAAUAAAACUCAAGUUAUCUGUGGGAUUAAUAAUGAGUGUUAUUGCAAACAAAACACGUUUUUAAAAAAAUGACAGUGAAAAUUAGGUUUAUUUUAACGUAAUAUCUGCACACAAUAGAACACGCUAGUAUUUAAAUCGGUACAAAAAAGAGCAGGCAGGUAAACAGUAGCUUAAUCAUUAUCAAAGAUAGAGCAUUGUUCUCGAGGAUGGAUUCAACAGUAACAUGGAGCUGUGCAAGAUGCACAUUUAUAAACUCAAGGUGCAUUUCAAAUUGUGAGAUCUGUCAGAAUGAUAGACCGCUGUCACCUGAGGAUGCACCAAAACUGUUUAAGGGCUUUAUUGGUCAAGAUGCAAAUGAGGAUGCUAAAGAGAAGGGAGCAGAAGCUGUCAUUGUUGGUGAUGAAAAGGAAAGUAAAAGUGAUCGCAAUUCUGCAGAUAUGAAAAAAGCAGAUGGUGAAACAAAACCUGGAAAAGAAAACAAAAUUGUUGAAAAUAAUUCAGGGGAAAAAGUUGAUUUGUCCAGGGCAAAAGGGAAAGGCACAAAUGGGAAAUCAGACUUGCGCGAAAAGCAAAAUAAGAAAGUGAAAACUGGAGAUAAUAAUACAGGAAAAAAAUUGCCAUUUGGAAAAUUGCCUGCAAGAGUGCCGAAUUUUAAUAAUGGGCAUAAAGGCAAUGGAAAGGUUGCUAGUGCUAAACACAGUGAUAAAGAGGACCAGUUAAAUAAAGUAGAAAAACCUUCAACUAAUAAGAUUGAUGUACCGAAAGAUUCCAACAGUGCUGUAGCUGAGAAAAAAGAUAAUGAAUUGAAUGGGACAGAUGAAAAGUGCUGGAUAUGCCCAAAUAAAAUUUGCAAUGCAGAGAACGAGCACUAUUUUGAUAACUGCAAAAUCUGUCAUUGGCUAAAAGAUGCUGAUAUCAAACCUAAUGUCAAUAUGAAUGCAGAUAAUCCCAAACAAUCCAGCACUGAAUUGAAAAAUAAUGUUAGUGAAAACAAUUUGAUGGAAGUGGAGAAAUGGUCUUGUGUUAGAUGUACAUUUUUCAAUGAACCAUUGUUCGUGAAGUGUAGCAUAUGUGAGACACCAAGAGUCACCAAUAUUCCCAAACCUGAGGAUAUUCCAUUAGAUAUUGACUACUCCAAGCUCGAGCCAGUUAAAACAUCGGCUGUGAAGAGACAUUCUGAUGGACAGGGUGAAGAAAAGGCAAAUGAUACUGCAAAAGAUCCAAAUAAAAAGAAGUCAGGAGAGAUCACAGAAGAUAAAUUGCCUGUGAAAAUGAAGAAGCCAGAUAAUGUUCCUCAAAGGCCUCCAAAGUUGUCAAAACCGGGUGAUUUGAAAAAGCCGGCCAUUCCCAAAAGACAACCAAUUGUCAACAAGGUACAUUCAAAGACCAAAAAGCCGGAUGCCACGGAAAAAGAAAAAGAAAUUACAGAAAAGAUGUUUUGGUUGUGUAAGAAUUGUAAUUAUAAGAACGAAAAUAGCAUUUCUGUAUGUAAGAUAUGCAAGAAAAAUAAGCCAGUUGAUUGGAAUUGCUCAAAAUGCACACUUAUUAACAAGGAUGUUGACCAAAAAUGUGUUGCAUGUGACACUCCAAGAAGUAGGUCUGCUAGUAAUGGAAGUAACAAGAGAAAAGCUGAAACAAAUGAAAAGGAGCAAAUUCAGCCGAAUAAGGGGGGAAAUGGUAAUAAUAAAGCAGUUGACAAGGAGAAAAAGAGAGAUGUAAAAAAAGGAGAUAAAGAAAUGAAAAUUGAUUUGAAAAAGGCAGCCUUGCAUUCUCAUAAUGGACAUCAGUGUACCGUGUGCACAUACAUAAACAAGACAACCACUGGCAACUGCAUGAUGUGUGGAAGCGACUUGAUGCAGAUAUCUCCCAACCAGAUUGUCUCCAUGGGAACGUUGCGUCCCAAGCGGCGUAUGGACAGGCAGAAGUCAGUGCUUGUCAGCGAUAUCAGGAAGAGUGAGGAUGACGAGGCAUUGGAGUUGUGGCAGCACAUAAAAGUGUUCUGUCUGCAGCACAAUGAGAAGUUUGUUGAUGAUUCCUUUCCGCCUAUCUCCAAGUCGCUUUUCACAAGUGACUCAAGUGACCUAGCCCGACUAGUUGUGAAAUGGCUGCGCUGCAAUGAGAUAGACUCCCACAAGUCUGAGAAAAAAGUCCCCUGGGUCGUGUACCGAACACCAAUGCCUGAUGACAUCUCGCAGGGGCAGCUAGGGAAUUGUUGGUUUCUGAGUGCAUUGGCAGUACUUGCUGAGCAGCCGGAGUUCAUUCACAAGAUCAUCCCCACGAAGGAGUACUGUCAGGAAGGCAUUUACCAGGUACGACUCUACAAGAAUGGAGAGCAGCAGAUUGUACUGGUGGACGACGUGCUGCCAUGUGACAUGCAUUCCAGACUGAUAUUCUCACAGGCCAGGAGGAAGCAGCUAUGGGUGCCACUGAUAGAGAAGGCCAUGGCUAAGCUACAUGGCUCCUAUGAGGCUCUUAUAGCUGGCAAGUGUAUUGAGGGACUCUCUGUGCUCACUGGGCAGCCGUGCGCCACCAUUGCUCUGCAGGAUAAAAAGAACAAGGACUACCGGCUUGAUAAAGACUAUUUGUGGGCACAGCUGCUCAGCUGUAGAGAAUCCAUGUUCUUGAUGGGUGCUUCCUGUGGCGCUGGCAACAUGAAGAUCGAUGCAGAGUCGUACCACAACCUGGGACUGCAUGCCCGACAUGCAUACUCCAUUCUGGACGUCAAGGAGAUCGCUGGACACAAGUUACUGCGACUUCGUAACCCCUGGGGCCACCACUCGUGGAAGGGGGACUGGAGUGACGGAUCUGAGAUGUGGAAGAACAUUCCGGCAGAGGUCAAGCAAGGCCUCAUGGUGCAGGGUGGGGGAAUGGGCGUCUUCUGGAUUGCCCUUGACGACCUCAUUAAGUAUUUUGACAGUGUAGAUAUAUGUAAAGUGAGACCAGACUGGCAUGAAAUCAGGGUAAAAGGCAGCUUCCCUAGAAAUGCUGCAAUACCGCCAAAGAUUACCAAGAUCAAAGUUUACUGUACAACUGAUUUGGAAAUAGGCAUUUUUCAAGAGAGCGAAAGGGGGGUGGAAAACCACAAGGGCAUGCUAGACAUUUGUGUCCUUAUUCUACAAGAGACCUCCUCGGAACACCAUGCCUUUGGUAAACUUGUCAAGAGCAGUCGUCGUGAACUGAAGAGCUUCGUUGGCUGCAAUGUGAUGCUUGAACCUGGAGAUUAUUAUGUUUUGCCUUUGGCCUUUAACCAUUGGUCUUUCCAUGAUGAGGUAGGAGCAGGGCGUGACUAUGUGAUGGCCAUCCACAGUUCUAAAGUAGUUGCCAUAGAAGAAAUAGAGCCCGGGCAGGAGAAACACAAAUAUGCAUACGCCAAUGCCAUUAUGCAACUGGCCCUUGGGAAAGGCAUUAAGGAAGAGUUGCGGAAGGGAGUCAACUGCUACUCUCUGAUGUAUGGCUGGAGUGGAGGGCUGUUUGUGGUGGAGAACCAGCUGUCCAGUCAGAGUGUCCAUGUCAGGUGUAACUGCAGCGACAGCUCUAACCUCGUGUCAACUCGAGGAACUCUGACCACUGUGGAUAGCAUUCCUCCCAAACACAUGCAAGUGUUAAUGGUACUCUCACAGCUUGAAAGGAGGUCUUCCUAUCACCUGUCUCGCAAGAUCAUCAACAAAGUGGACUCGCACCAUGUCACAGAUGACUGGUUUCCAAAUGGAUCAGGAAAUUCUCCGCCAUUGGAUGAUUUCACAGCUGGGCUUCAUAUACCAUUGCCAGUUCAGAUGUUGUAGGAUGAAAAAUUGUGGUUACCUUACCUUUAUAUUUACUAGGUUACUUUGUUGUGGUUUCUUUAUUACUAAGGUAUCUGAACGGAAAAUUUAUCACAUUUUAUUUACAUAAUUUCAUAACUUUAUUUACUGACAGUUGUAAAUGCAGGGCUCUGCAAUGUUACAUAAUUCUAACUAAAUCCAUGGCUUCAUUUUGGAACAUUUGGCUAAAUAAAUGUUGUGAUAUUUCAUAAAUGUACAUUAGUUGUACCCCUUAUUCAUAGCAUCAAAGGUCUGUUGAAAGAAAAUUUUAUGCAUUAGAAAACAAGUUCAGAGCCAAAGUUUAGUUAAAAACUUACAAAUCGUUUUUACUUGAAACCCAUGCAAAUGGAAAUAAAGUUUUUUUUACAAGUUCUGAAAUGUUAUUGUUAAGUGCAAUUGUUUUUGUUUCCUCUUGUUAAAUAUGUUCAUAUUGUUGUGAAUUUGUAAACUUGCUCAAUGAAAAAUUGGGACCUGAGGCAAACAGAUUUGUUUCUUUGUACUCGAUUGCUUAUACAAUUGUUGAGUUGUUUGAAGCUCUGAACUAGGUAAAAGAAAAAUGUUGACCAUAUUACUAACAGCACAAUUAUGAUGUUAAAUGAUAGUGUUAUACGAAAAUGGAUCUUAUGCCAUAUGUGGCCAGCAAAGUUCCAAACCAGCAAGCACUUUUUCGCAAACUGGUCAGGAGCUACACUUUCCACUGCACCAAACCUUGCUCGUCUUGAUAGUGGACCGAGUAGCUCCUGGCUACACUUUCCACUGCGUCAAACCUUGCUCGUCUUGAUAGUGGACCGAAUAGCUCCUGAUCAGACAGCACAGGCUAGUUUCGAGAUACGCUGGCUGCAAAUCGGAUAAGACCUGUUUGUCCACGACAGUUUCCACAAUCUUAUUAUUUAAAUGUUAAGUGGUGUAACACCAUAGCAAAAUGCUGGAGGUAUUAUUUCAAAAAAGAUUUGGACAGCAUCCAAUUUGUGUAAGUGGGAUAUGUAUGCAUGUACAGCUAUUUAUAUGUUUUAAACGUCAACAUUUAAUUUAAGACCCGACUUUGACACUGUGAUGUAGGAAAUAUAGUGGAAAAUGGAUACUCAAAUGUUUAAAUAGUUACUAUUAUAGUGUUUAUAAAUGUUUGUAUCACAUACUUUAUUCUGUUUCCUGUGUUUAUUACCAGCACAAAUUUUCUUGUCUUAAACGUGUUUAAAUGACAUGUUGUGCAUUUGCAUUAUUUUUUCUCGACUAACAUAUCACACCAUUUCAAUUUAUUUUUGUUUAAAGGAUGUUAUCAACAUCAGUCUCGUCAGCAUACAACUUUUUGUACAAUUGUAAGUUUUUGUUUUGUCUUUAAUCAUGUAGUUUUAUUCUCUUACCAAUUUUGAUUGAGUUUUCUUAAACUUGUUAGCUUGUCAGCUUAGCCAAUGCAGUUUGCACAUGCUGAGUUGAGCAGGGGAAAUUCUUCUUGCAUAGACUGGCUUUUUUUUUUGAAAAGGCACAAAAAAAUCACUAUAUAAAAAAAUGUCAACCCUGAUAAACCGUCCCUAAUAAGCAUGUGCAGUGUCAACAAGCCAUUGGAUAUUUCUUUACGCACAUGCAUUAUGCCCAAUUUUCCAGACCACAACUCAUUUUUAUAGAUCCUUUGAAAGUGAAACAAUAUAAUAAAAUGUAUGGUUUGGGGCAUAUUUGUUUGUGAUGCAAAUUGACUAAGGCAUUGUUGCUGUUGUACUGAAUCAUUAAUCUUAUUUUUUUCAACUUUUGCCACUAAUUUCUCUCCAUAUGCAAAACAUCAUAUAUUGACAAAUUUACCUUACAAUACAAUUAUGAAAUAUUCAAUUAUUUGAACCAUUUUUUAUGCAUUGGUAACUGCAUCCAAUUUUUGGUAUCUUUCACAUGUCACUUAUUGAUAUUUCUAUGAUAAGUGAGUGUUAAGCUACACAAAUCAGCUUACACUUCUUUAAGGAGACAAGGCCCAGAUGUUCACCUUAACUGAUAAAAAGAGCUCAGUGAUCCUCUCUACAGGGAAAACUGGGAAUAAUUCCUGUGCCUUAAGUGUCUGCCCUGAUUAGCCUGUCCAUUUUCCACAUUUUAACGAAAAUCCAGUAGAAAACAAGAUGUGUUUGUGAAACACAAUGUCCCCCUAUAUGAUGUUUGACCUUGUAGGAUGACCUUGACAUUGUGAAGGAUGACCUUGACCUUUCACCACUCAAAAUGUGCAGCUCCAUGAGAUACACAUGCAUGCCAAAUAUCAAGUUGCUAUCUUCAAUAUUGCAAAAGUAUUCAUAAAAUAAGCGAUUUGGGCCACAUAUAUUUGAUCUCUGACCUUGAAGGAUGACCUUGACCUUUCACCACUCAAAAUGUGCAGCUCCAUGACAUGCACAUGCAUGCCAAAUAUCAAGUUGCUAUCUUCAAUAUUGCAAAAGUAUUUAUAAAAUAAGCGAUAAGGGCCACAUUUAUUUGACCUCUGACCUUGAAGGAUGACCUUUACCCUGACCUUUCACCACUCAAAAUGUGCAGCUCCAUGAGAUACACAUGCAUGCCAAACAUCAACUUGCUAUCAUCAAUAUUGCAAAAGUAUUCAUAAAAUGAGCGAUUUUGGCCACAUAUAUUUGACCUCUGACCUUGAAGGAUGACCUUGACCUUGACCUAUCACCACUCAAAAUGUGCAGCUUCAUGAGAUACACAUGCAUGCCAAAUAUGAAGUUGCUAUCUUCAAUAUAGCAAAAGUUAUUGCAAAAUGUUAAAGUUGGCGCAAACAGACAGACCAACAGACAGGGCAAAAACAAUAUGUCCCUUCACUACUAUAGUGGGGGACAUAAAAAGUCCCUGAUAAGCAAGAUAACACUUUAAGCACUAGCAAUAAGCUAAGUGCUCCCAGAUUGAGGCUUACAAAAUAAUUCUAAUGGCCUUACUAGUGGUAGGACGUAUUUUUACCGCAAAUAUCAUGUAUAAGUAGUGCUUGUGAAGGAAAUAUAUUGUUAAGUAAAGGUUGAAUAUAUUUAUAUGUUUAUGUAUACAAAUCAAUUAUUUUGCAGGGAUUAUGGACAGUUUACUUGCAUACUUACAAUGUUUUUAGUUAUAGUUGUUACAACAAUUAAUGUGUUAAUGGCUGUCACUUUUGUGAUGUCGCCGAUCUUAACAGCAAAUACACUAUUAAAACCUAUCCCAUGCUGUA